AUGACACAGCAGAUCUACAUGGAUUCAAUCAUGAAUUGGUGCUUUCACAUGGGGAGCUUGAUCGCUUGGGCCUGCGUAUUUGCUGUCCCAAUCUGGUACCUGACAGCAUAUCUCAUUUCCCCGCUGCGCCAGUUCCCCGGACCAGUCUUAGCAGGAUGGACGAAUCUCUGGCGGAUGUAUCAUGUGAGAAAAGGAAAUAUCCAUGUUGUGGUCCAUAAUCUUCACAAGAAAUAUGGCCCUGUGGUCCGCAUUGCACCAGGGGUGCUUGACCUGGACUUGCCGGAUCUGGUCAGGACAAUCUACAACGCGAAGGGGGACUUCAGAAAGACGGAGUUCUACCAUGUCAGCAGCACCAAGACAAACGGCAAGAUCAUCUACAACUUGUUCAGCGAGCGGAGUCCUGAACAACAUCUUCGGCAGAAACGGCCCAUCGCUAAAUACUAUGCCAUGACGGAAGUGCUGACUCUGGAACCUCAUGUCAACGAAAUGAUACAGUGCCUUUGCCAACGGCUGGAGGAGGAAUUCGUCGCCAAACCGAAGAGCGGUUCUGUCUGUGACCUGAGCGAGUGGAUGCGAUACUACACAUGGGACGUGGUCGGCAAAGCCACGUUCAGCAACCCCUUCGGCUACCUACAAAAGGGGUGUGAUUUCGACAACACCAUCAGCAUAGCAGAUCAGGCAAUGGACUACUUUGCUCUUGUGGCGCAGCUGCCGGUCCUCGACUAUGUCUUGGACAAAAACCCCGUCUAUCGAAUCGGACCUCCGUCGUUCGGCAACAUCACCGCCAUUUCCAUUCAGCAGCUCAUGAGCCGUCUUCAGCGAAGAGAGGCCGGCACCUCCCAGGGUGCUAGCCAAGAUUUCCUCGAUAGAUUUAUUGACGCUGCCGCGCACGACUCUGACACGAUCGACCAUGGGCAGAUCAUCUCCUGGCUGAUGAUCAAUAUGAUUGCGGGCGCGGACACAACGGCCAGCACACUCAAUGCGGUGUUGUACUAUUCGUUAAAGCACCCAGCUGUAUGGGCCCGGUUACAGCAAGAGAUCGCUAUGCAGGAGGUUGAACAAGAUGCCACCGCCUGCGUGCUUCCUUUCAAGUCCGCCCACGACGUGUCAUAUCUGGAGGCGGUCAUCCGCGAAGCCAUGCGCAUGCUUCCUAGCGUUGCGAUGACUCUGGAGAGAUAUGUGCCUGAAGGGGGUCUCGUCCUUCCCGACGGUCGGCGCAUUCCCGGAGGAUGCGCUGUUGGGAUGAACCCGUACAUCCUGGCGCGGAAUAGCUCUGUCUGGGGCGAAUGCCCUGACGAAUUCCGUCCGGAAAGAUGGCUACGUGACACCGCUCACGAGAGCGAAGCGGAAUACCAGGAGCGCCUGCAAAGAAUGAACAAUACGGACCUUGUCUUUGGUGGCGGAAGUCGGGUGUGUUUGGGCAAGAACUUUGCCCUUGUGCAGAUCUACAAGGUGCUAGCAACGCUGGUAUCGCGCUAUGAUAUUGAACUGGCUUCUCCUGACCGCGAAUGGAGCACGUACAACAGCUUUUUCAUUCGGCAGAGUGGAUUGUACGUGCGAAUGUCCCGCCGGUCUAAGUGA